GCUCUGAGCUAGUGGCGCCAGAAUUCGGAGCGCGAAGCUCCAGAACGCGGCCGCCACUGUCCGCCCCGCUGCGCUCUGUGCCGCCGCCGCCGCCGCCGCCGCCUCGCCCGGCCUGGGCCGUGAGGGCGCGAACAUGGUGGUGCUGCGCAGUAGCCUGGAGCUGCACAGCCACUCCGCCGCCAGCACCACGGACUCCUUGGACCUGUCCGGCGAGUUCCUCAGCCUGGAGCAGAUGGGCCGGAGGCGGCUUCGUUCGGCCGGCUACUCGCAACCCGCGGCCGCCACCGCGGCCAGCGCCGACGAUGGAUCUUCAGUUAAGGAAAUUGAAACCUACCACCGGACACAUGAUUUAAGGUCUCUGAGAAAAAAUGCACAGAAUUCUUCAGAUUCUAGUUUUGAUAAGAAUAAGAAUAUGAAUAAGAAACUGAUGAAGAAUCAUAUUAAUGGCAGGCAUUUUACAAGGCAGUUGGCCAGACAGCAGGCUGAUAAAAAAAAAGAAGAAAGCAAAGAAGUGGUUUCAGUUACUCGGUCAUUGAGGACUAGAAACAUUGUUCAGGCUACAAAACAUGUGCAUGAAGAAAAUGGUGAUGUUGAAGUUCGCCGCAGUUGUAGGAUUAGAAGUCGUUACAGUACUGUCAACCAGUCUGUGCUAUUUGAUAAACUUAUAACAAACACUGCUGAAGCUGUUCUCCAAAAGAUGGAUGACAUGAAGAAGUUGCGAAGGAAGCGAAUGAGAGAGCUUGAAGACUUGGGAGUAUUUAAUGAAACAGAAGAAGAGAAUAUUACUAUGUAUACAAGAGGAAAACGAAAAAGUAUUCAAAGAACUGAUGAAGAAACAACUGACAAUCAGGAAGGCAGCGCAGAAUCAUCUGAAGAGGGAGAAGACCAAGAAGAUGAAAAUGAUGGUGAAGAUGAAGAUGAUGAAGAUGAAGAAGAUGGAGAAGAUAAUCAGAAGCGAUACUAUCUUAGGCAAAGAAAAGCCACAGUUUACUACCAAGCUCCAUUGGAAAAACCUCGACACCAAAGAAAGACCAACAUGUUUUAUAGAGGCCCUGCUUCUCCUGCAAGACCACGAUACCGACUGUCUUCUGCUGGACCCAGAAGUCCCUAUUGUAAACGAAUGAACAGGCGAAGACAUGCAAUCCACAGUAGUGACUCUACUUCAUCAUCCUCUUCAGAAGAUGAGCAUUUUGAGAGGCAUAGAAAAAGAAGCCGUAAUAGAGCUAUUAACAGGUGCCUCCCACUAAAUUUUCGAAGAGAUGAAUUAAGAGGAAUUUAUAAAGAUCGAAUAAAAAUUGGAGCAAGCCUUGCUGAUGUUGAUCCAAUGCAACUAGAUUCUUCAGUACGAUUUGAUAGUGUUGGUGGUCUCUCUCAUCAUAUUGCAGCUCUAAAAGAGAUGGUGGUGUUCCCAUUACUUUAUCCAGAAGUCUUUGAAAAAUUCAAAAUUCAGCCUCCACGAGGUUGUUUAUUUUAUGGUCCACCUGGAACAGGAAAAACUCUGGUUGCUAGAGCUCUUGCUAAUGAGUGCAGUCAGGGAGAUAAGAGAGUAGCAUUUUUCAUGAGGAAAGGUGCUGAUUGUCUCAGUAAAUGGGUAGGAGAAUCUGAAAGACAGCUACGACUGCUGUUUGAUCAGGCAUAUCAGAUGCGCCCAUCAAUUAUUUUCUUUGAUGAAAUCGAUGGUCUGGCACCAGUACGAUCAAGCAGACAAGAUCAGAUUCACAGUUCUAUAGUUUCCACUCUUCUGGCACUUAUGGAUGGAUUGGAUAGCAGAGGAGAAAUUGUUGUCAUUGGUGCUACCAACAGACUGGAUUCUAUUGAUCCUGCUUUACGAAGACCUGGUCGCUUUGACAGAGAAUUCCUUUUCAGCCUCCCUGAUAAAGAUGCUCGAAAAGAAAUUCUUAAGAUUCACACACGACAUUGGGAUCCUAAACCUCUGGACAUAUUUCUAGAUGAAUUAGCAGAAAACUGUGUUGGAUACUGUGGUGCAGAUAUUAAGUCAAUAUGCUCCGAGGCUGCUUUAUGCGCUCUGCGUCGACGCUACCCACAGAUCUAUACCACUACUGAGAAACUGCAGUUGGAUCUCUCUUCAAUUAAUGUCUCAGCAAAGGACUUUGUGGUAGCUAUACAGAAGAUGAUACCAGCCUCCCAGAGAGCUGUAACAUCACCAGGGCAAGCACUAUCCACUAUUGUGAAACCACUCCUGCAAAGCACUGUUCACAAGAUCUUAAAAGCCCUGCAGAGAGUAUUUCCUCAUGCCAGGACCGAAAAUAAGGAGGUAUUAGAUUCAGAUAUUUCUUGUCCUUUGUUAGAAAGUGACUUGGCUUACAGUGAUGAUGAAAAUCCAUCAGUAUAUGAAAAUGGACUAUCUCAAAAAUCCUCUAAUAAGGCAAAAGAAAAUUUUAAUUUUCUUAAUUUGAAUAGAAAUGCUUGUUUUCAACCUAUGUCUUUUCGACCAAGGAUAUUAAUUGUGGGAGAACCAGGAUUUGGACAAGGUUCUCAUUUAGCACCAGCUGUCAUUCAUGCUUUGGAAAAAUUUGCAGUGUAUACAUUAGAUAUUCCUAUUCUUUAUGGAAUUAGUGCUACAUCUCCUGAAGAAACCUGUGCUCAGAUGAUUCGUGAAGCAAAGAGAACAGCUCCAAGUAUAGUGUAUGUUCCUCAUAUCCACUUGUGGUGGGAAAUAGUUGGACCAACACUCAAAGCCACAUUUACCACAUUGUUACAGAAUAUUCCUUCAUUUGCUCCAGUUUUACUACUUGCAACCUCUGACAAACCCCAUUCUGCUUUGCCGGAAGAGGUGCAAGAAUUAUUCGUUCGUGAUUAUGGAGAAAUAUUUACUGUCCAGUUACCUUGUGAAGAAGAAAGGACAAAAUUUUUCGAAGAUUUAAUUCUAAAGCAAGCUGCUAAGCCUCCUGUUUCAAAAAAGAAAGCAGUAUUGCAGGCCUUGGAGGUUCUCCCAGUGGCUCCACCACCUAAGCCAAGACCGUUAACAGCAGAAGAAGUGAAACGACUAGAGGAACAAGAAGAAGAUACAUUUAGAGAACUGAGGAUUUUCUUAAGGAAUGUUACACAUAGGCUUGCUAUUGACAAGCGGUUCAGAGUAUUUACUAAGCCUGUUGAUCCAGAUGAGGUUCCUGAUUAUGUCACUGUAAUAAAACAACCAAUGGACCUUUCAUCUGUAAUCAGUAAAAUUGAUCUCCACAAGUAUCUGACUGUAAAAGACUAUUUGAGUGAUAUUGAUCUAAUCUGUAGUAAUGCUUUAGAAUACAAUCCAGAUAGAGAUCCUGGAGAUCGUCUUAUUAGGCAUAGAGCUUGUGCUUUGAGAGAUACUGCCUAUGCUAUCAUUAAAGGAGAACUUGAUGAAGACUUUGAACGACUUUGUGAAGAAAUUCAGGAGUCUAGGAAGAAGAGAGGUUGCAGUUCCUCCAAAUAUGCCCCAUCUUACUACCAUGUGAUGCCAAAACAAAGUUCCAUUCCUGGUGAUAAAAGAUCAGAUCCAGAACAGAAUGAAAAGCUAAAGACACCCAGUACUCCAGUGGCUUGCAGCACUCCUGCUCAGUUGAAGAGAAAAGUUCGCAAAAAGUCAAAGUGGUACUUAGGCACCAUAACAAAACGAAGGAAAAUCACACAGACAAAAGAUGAUAGCCAGAAUGUCACGAAUGACAAAACUGAGAGUGAUACAGAGGAAAAUCAGGAUACAAGUGUAGAUCAUAAUGAGACUGGAAACACAGGAGAGUCUUCAGUGGAAGAAAAUGAAAAGCAGCAAAAUGCCUCUGAAAGCAAAAUAGAAUUGGGAAAUAAUUCAAGUGUCGGUAAUAUUGAGAAUGAACUUGAUUCUCAGAAGGCUACAUCAUGUCCAGAAUUGAAGAAAGACAACAUAACUUGCAAUGGAGAUGCUUCUAACUCUCAGAUUAUAGAAGUUUCUGAUGGAAAAGAAGCAAAGGAAACAUGUAUUCUGCAAAUGACUCGAGCUAGACGAUCCCAAGUAGAGCAACAGCAACUCAUUAGUGUUGAAAAGGCUUUGGCAAUUCUUUCUCAACCUACACCCUCACUUAUUGUGGACCAUGAACAGUUAAAAAAUCUUUUGAAGACUGUUGUUAAAAAAAGUCAAGGAUAUAAUAUUUUUCAGUUGGAAAAUUUGUAUGCAGUAAUCAGUCAGUGUAUAUAUCAGCAUCGCAGGGACUAUGACAAAACAAAACUCAUUCAGAAAAUGGAGCAAGAGGUAGAAAACUUCAGUUGUUCCAGAUCAUGAUGUCAUGGCAUCAAUAUUCUUUAUGUUCAGUUGCUAUUUAAUUCAUCUUUGUUAUAGCCACAUAACUGAUGCAAGAUAAAAUCCUGCAUUUUUAAGGAAAAGAUUGAAAUAGUAAAUAAAAAUAUUUAAGUUUACUGGUAUUUAUGUACAUGUGUAAGGUUUUAAAAAAAAGGAUAAAUUUGGAAGUUUGAUUGAACCGCUGUAGUAAGAAUAAUGCAUAUCAGUAGCUGAAGUAUACCAACUCAUAAUAAUUUCUGAUGAUUUAUGUCAUUUAAGUUGAAGAAGAUGAAGUGAUAUAGACUUUUUUAGCUUUAAGCACUUGAUUUUAUUCUUAAAGAUGUAUUGUAGCAGACUACAAACUUACUUAGUUGGCAUUGUUUUGUUGUCUUUGUUUUCUUUAGUGCUCACCUCACACCUGCCUUUAGCUCCCUUUGCCCACUCACUUGAAAGCCUGUGUUCAAGUCAUAAUUUGCAAAAAGGCUGUUGAACAACUUCUGGCUGUACACAAUUACGUAUCUGAGUGUCAAAAAAUCAGUGAUUUAUAAAUAUUUAUAAUAAAUUAUUGUGUUUAUAAAAUUUUGAAAUUAUCUUUUGUCUUUCCUCAUUAUACACACAACAGAUUGAUACUUUGUCAAACAUCUUUUUAAUAGCACAAAACUUUAAUAUUUCAAAACCGAAUAUCCUUCUAGAUUUGUGCUUAGGUGUAUUUUGUAAAUGCAUUUUAUAUACAAUUAUAAUUACUAAAAAAUUUGUAUUGGUCAAAAAUACAUUCGUAAAGCAUUCACUGCUGUGCUUUUAGUUUAAGAGAUAUUGUAUUAUGUAUUUGUAACAUGACUGAUUGGAAAAUUCUUUUGAGAGGACUAGAAGAUAAUCUCUUCUAAGGAAUUUUUAAUUUUUACAGUUUCAGAGUUGGGCUGCCUUUUGCUGUUCAUUUAUCUGGAUAUUGUAUUUAAAGCCUUCUAAAGAAACAGUAUUUAAAAUAUUAAUUAGUAAAUACUGUCUCGUUAUCUGUAAAACAAUGCCAGUCACUGAAAACAUUUAAGUAUGUCUCAUGCACAAAAAAAAAUAUAUGUUUACAUAUUUUUAUUGAACUUCAUCUAAUUUAUUCAGAUGCAGCUCCUGUAUAACUGGGUUUCAUUUUGUAUUUAUAAUUU